AUGCUUAGACUUGGAGCUCCGUCUCAGUAUGAUUUAAAGGAUAACACCACAAUGCGCCUGAUUGAUCUACUUUUCAUCGGAGCUAUGGGCCCUCCAGGUGGUGGGCGUAAUCCAAUUACGCCAAGGUUUCUGCGCCACUUGAAUACAAUUACUAUAAAUGAAUUCAACGACGACUCCAUGCGCACAAUCUUCGGGCGUAUUAUGGAUUGGCAUAUUGCAAUAAAGUGA